ACGCUGCAACCGUGCGGACGUGUUUUUCGUGCUUCCGAGGUUAGAAUUGGAAUUUCGAGGGUUUUGCGGUGUCGUUUGUCGAUCUUGGAAAGUUUGUUUGGUGUUUGGGUUUUCCGCUCGGUCUAAUAGGUUGGUUGUGAAAAUCGGAUGGUUUACCGAAUCGUUUUGGUGGUCGUUUAGUGCGAAGAACAUCCGAGGCGCCGUUUGGACCGGUUUAUGGACUGCCCGGCCACUGUUGGACUCACACACACGGGAAAUUGCCGCCGGCGGGAAUCAAAAUAAAUACAGAAGGAGACCGCCACUGAACUGGAUGAAAGAAGCGAUUUUCCCGCGCGAAAAGGCCGGAAAACUGUUUGAAAAAGCCGGUAAUGUAGUCGGGGUGAACUUUGAAACAAUAUUUUGCCAAUUAACCUCCCGAAAAUCGUGGAGUUAGUAAAACGCGAAUAACCCGACAGUUUAUCCCAUCACGGUUUACGUUAGUGAUUAAACAGUGUGUCGAUUGGCUGGAAAAGCAAUAAUCAAGGAAAUUUGAGGAAAACACAAAAAAGUGCGUGGAAAAACCUCGAACCGAAAAACCCAAAAACAACCAACUGACGAUGAUUAGCGCGGCAGUUAAAUUUAUUAUUUAUUGAAAAAACAAUAUAAAUAAAUCAAACCCCCCGAAAGCGCUUUCAGCUCAAUCGUGAAAGGAAAAACAAAAUCUCGACGCCGGAAACAUGAUUGACUGCGACGCGUCGUCGACGUCUCCAGCAGCUGGAUUUUCGCGAUCUUUGAAAUAUUGAAAAAAAAAACGACAGACAAAAAAAAGCUAAUAAAAAGAAAACCACACAAAAACGUUUGAUUCGUUUGACGGGAAAUCAAUCGAGACGCAAGGGUUUGGGUGUGUGUUACAAAAAAGAGGAUAAAGAUUAACGUUAGUCAGUGACUAACAGACGAUCGUGGAAGACUGACAACAUCAGUUCGAAAUAAUUGGAGGUGUGAGCUUCUGUGGUGUGAAAAGUGAUUUUGUAGUGUUUGUUGAGUUUUUUUUUGCUGUAACGGGACGGCUGGAACAGCGAAAGGUAGAAACAGGGAGUUGCAUUAUUUUGCAGGAUCAGAUUGAAUUAUAAGGUAAUUUGGCAGUUUCUAUAAAUAUCCGCGGUAGAAAUCUUUUAAUUCGUCAAUCAUCCAUCCGCACCGUUGAACCCCAAUGAAUCUGACGAUGCGACUGCUAGCGCUGGCGUCCUGCCUGCUGCUCUACCCGACCUCCUCCGGCCACCGGAUACAGCUGUCCGACUCGAUUCUGGACAUCAUCAACACGCGGCACGUGGAACGGGUGCUCGCGGAACGGCGCAUGAACGCCUCAUCGCGCGACGAGAAACGCUACCUGGUUCAGAACGAGCUGGCCGAGGACGAGGACGGUGGUGGUGGUGGCGGAGGAGGGGCGACCGAGGACAGCAGCAUCGGGUCCGAUCUGUACCAAACGCCCGAGGUGGCGAUUGACUUUGACUUUAACGGGAGACGUCACGGCGCAGGAGGAGGGGCGUUCAACGAGACUGGGGGUUAUCAGUAUCAGGCGGCUACGUCGUCCUCGUCGAAUGCGGACAUUCUGGCCGAUCUGCAGGCAUACCGCGGCGAUAAGCUGCUCAAGUCGAGCAAGAACGCGCUGGUGGUGACGCGCAAGGAGUACCUCAAGAAGGACUGGUGCAAGACGGAACCGCUGGUGCAGCGAAUCCGGGAGGAGGGCUGCCUUAGCCGGACCAUCAUCAACCGCUUCUGCUACGGACAGUGCAACUCGUUCUACAUUCCAAAGUCGCCCAAGCGGCCACGGCGGCAUGGUGGCCAGAACAAUAACGGUGGUCGAGGUGGUCACCACCAUCGGAACGGUGGCACUCCGGCUCCACCCCGGGAGGUCGACCUGGACUUUGAGGACGAGGACCUGACCGGGCCGGCCUUCCGCUCGUGCGCCUUCUGCAAGCCGAAAAAGUUCACCUGGAUCACGGUCACGCUGCGGUGUCCCUCGCUCGUGCCCCAGCUGCGCCGGAAGCGCAUCCAACGCAUCAAGCAGUGCAAAUGCAUCGCCGAGCCGUUGAACUAAGUCGCGUUUUUUUUUAUUUUUUUGUUUUGUCGUUCUGUUAUUAGGCGUAGAGUGCGUCAGUGUGUGUGUGCGUCACAGUGUGAAUGAUUGUGAUUCUGAGAGGGGGCGUCAGGGCGCAUUUACGCCAAUCUCCGACGCGUCCAAAAACCAAGAAGUGUAAGAAAGUGUAGGUUUUAUUCUCUCUGUUUGUUUCUGUAAGGUUAUUAUUUAAGGUCUGUUUUGUUUUAAGUUUUGGAGAGACGCCGUUAAGUUCGUCGACUACGGCGCCGCCGACGCCGCCGCAAAGUAUUGUGACUGUUGCGUUAAUUCCUGUGUGCGAACACUUUUUAUUGCCUUUUAAUUGUUAGGUUCAUCGUAACAAUGAUUUAAGGCGGUCGUUAGAGACUCAACGCCAGCAUCUAAAGUAUUCGAAUGCAAAAUCGAUUCCGGUAACUGUAGGUAAAAUACGAUAAUACUUGAAACAUCGUCAAACCGUCUCCUCAAACUCUA